UUAAAUCACACAGAGCUCUACCGACUCUCAGUUUGCAUCCUCCUCUCCUUUGCUCACUCGCUCUCAGCUCCUUCUGUCUCUCUCCUCCUCUCUGCAUCUACCAGUUGCUUCCUCUAUCAACCUUGCGAGGACUCUCGUGACGGGUUUUCCUCUGAACAUCUGCAGCAGCUUUUCACCUACAAAGAAAUAAAAACUUUUUUCUCCUUUCCAAAACCUGCAAGACACUAAAACCCAACUGUCACCAUGGAAGCCAUCAAGAAGAAGAUGCAGAUGCUGAAGUUGGAUAAGGAGAAUGCCAUCGACAGGGCAGAACAAGCUGAGUCCGACCAGAAGGCAGCAGAGGAUAAGUGCAAGCAGCUUGAGGAUGAGCUGCUCGCUCUGCAGAAGAAACUGAAGGGAACAGAAGAUGAGCUGGACAAGUACUCAGAGGCCUUGAAGGAUGCUCAGGAGAAACUGGAACUGUCGGAGAAGAAGGCCACAGAUGCCGAGGGCGAUGUGGCAUCCUUGAACCGCAGGAUCCAGCUGGUGGAGGAGGAGCUGGACCGCGCUCAGGAGAGACUGGCCACAGCCCUACAGAAGCUGGAGGAGGCUGAGAAGGCUGCAGAUGAGAGUGAAAGAGGCAUGAAGGUGAUUGAGAACAGAGCCAUGAAAGACGAAGAGAAGAUGGAGAUUCAGGAGAUGCAGCUCAAAGAGGCCAAGCACAUCGCUGAGGAGGCUGACCGCAAAUACGAGGAGGUUGCCCGUAAACUGGUCAUCCUCGAGGGUGAGCUGGAGAGAGCAGAGGAGAGGGCAGAAAUUGCUGAAAUCAAGUGUGGUGACCUAGAGGAAGAGCUGAAGAAUGUCACCAACAACCUGAAGUCUCUAGAGGCUCAGUCUGAUAAGUACUCUGAGAAAGAAGACAAAUAUGAGGAGGAGAUCAAAGUCCUGAGUGACAGACUCAAGGAGGCGGAGACCCGUGCAGAAUUUGCAGAAAGGACAGUGGCUAAGCUGGAAAAGUCCAUAGAUGACUUAGAAGACGAACUGUACACUCAGAAGCUGAAAUACAAGGCUAUCAGCGAGGAGCUGGAUAAUGCCCUCAAUGAUAUGAACACCUUGUAAACCUUGCAUUUGGCUCGUGAUGUUUUCACUUUCCCUGUUGUCUCCUUGCCUGAUUGGAAGCACUUUGUCUUUUCUGCCUUUCCUUUUGUUUCUCGUUUUCCAUUAAACUAAAAGCUCAAUAAAGAUAUUUUCUCU